AUGACCAAAUUGUUCACAGAAGAGGAGGUCAUACAGUUAUGUCAGGCCAUCCGCUCCCAUCCUUCGCUCUACGACCCGGCCGACCCCAACUUCGGCAAAAGCCUGCCGAAUAAGCUGGUCUGGGAGAGUAUAGCAAAGCAAUUCGAGAAGAAGAAUUUUACAGGUGAGUGUAUUUUGGUUUUUUUUUAUUUGAUUUUUAGAAGAUUUGGAGAGCAAUUUGGAAAUUUUGUUUGCUUUUUUGUCGAUAAAAUUGAUUUUGUCUCAAUUUUUUCGAUUUGUUCUGACGGAUUUCGAUGAAAUUUCGUAUCACUUUCGAAUAAAAUUUUUCACGACAUUUUUUUGGCGUUUUAUUUGCAGAAAACAUCAAGAUUUUUUUGGUCGGAAAUUGAAAAAAGCACAUUUUCUUCAAAUAUUUUCUUUUUCGUUUCAGCCGACGAUGUGAAGCUAAAAUGGAAAAACCUCCGCGACACGAUGGCCUUAUUGCUCCGCAAAUCCAACCGAGAUCCCAACACAUGGCGCUUCUACGAGCACUGCUGCUUCCUGAACAAUUACGAGCGCCCACAACGGCGGAAUCACCGGAAAAACCCGCUGCAGCUGAAGACCGCCGACACGGAACCCAAACAGCCGAAACUGGCGACCACCACGACGCCCGAGCAGUUCCUCGCCAACAACAACACGAUGCUGAUGACGGCGAUGAAGCUGCACAACGAAAGCAGCAACGACUCGAUCCUGUCGAACAUCCAGCAGCGCCUGAACAGCCAAAUGCUGUUGCCGAACACGACGACGGCGAGCGUCAUGUCCACGAUUCCGACGCCGCAGCCGCAACGGCCCGUCGCCACCGUGAUGGCGGCCAAGGAAGAGACGCCCGCGGCGCGGCACGCCCCACUCACCGAAGAAUCGCCGCCCAUGUGCGCCGAGGACUCGAGCUCCCGGGAACCGUUCAGUUUCGAUGAGGCUUCGAGGGACUCAAUCCUGCUGCAGCAGUUGGCCUCCCAGAACCCAACGUUGCUGGCAACGCCGCUGAGCGCGCACAGUCAUUUGCCGAGAUUGCCAAGUCAGCCGAGUUUUGUUCAGUCGACGCCGACCAGAGAUCUUUAUGAUGUGUUUGGUAAGUUCGAGUUUUGUUGUUUGUUUUUUCUGAGUUUAGAGAAAAUGGAAAUGGAUGAAAAUUAGAUGAAUCUGGUCUUUUUUAUUUGGAUUUGGGCUAUGUAUCAGUGUGUCGGGAAAAUAAUGGGGAAUCUGUCGCAAAAUCGCCGCCGAGAAAAUGAAUUGUGUCGCGGCAAAAUCAAAUUGCUUUUCACUUCAACGCCACGAACGGCGCAGCGACAUUGUCCUUAUUAUUUUCCAGAUAGACUGGUAAAAUACCAAAUUUUUUCAAUUUAUUGCGCUCCUUUUUCAUGUCAGGCGAAAGAACGUCAUUUUUGAUUCUAAAAAUCCGAAAAAAAUCGAAUUUCUGACAAAGGUCAACCUAAGAGUUUUGGUGGUUGCUGAAAAUUGUGAGAUGAAAAUUUCGGGGGUCCUUAGAAAUUUCGAAUUUGCACCAACUUUCGGCUAAAUCGGAGCGCAAAAAAUCUUCGAAAAUAAAAAAAAUUGUGUUUAGGGCAAAAAAAUUGCUUUUUGGCCACUUUUAAGCCAAAAAUUUUGGUAAUUUCUGAAAAGCGCGAGCUAAAAAUUUCGAGAAAAUAAUGAGCGCAGUGAAGCGAAAAAGAAUUUGAUUUUGCCGCGACACUGUUCGUUUUCUCGGAGGCGAUACGAUUUUUGAUGCGACAGAGUGCUCAUUAUUUUCCCGACAGACUGAUACUCAAAAUUCGCUCAAAAAUCGCAAAUUUUUUUUUGGAAACGAAAGAAAGUAGGAAAUUCUUAUUUUUUUCUCCUAAUCCCUUCCAUUUUGCAGGCGAAGAGACGGCGAUGAGGUUGCGCGCGAUCGACUCGAGCGGCGACCGCGCCCUCUUCCUGAAGGCGCGCCGCAGCAUCAACAACGCGCUGGAAGAGGCGGAAAUGGAGAUGAACAACCGCAGCCGUCAGUCCCAUUAA